GACCCGAGAAUCGGGAAUGAGGUCAGGAAUGUGGAUGUGGGUUGCUUCCAUGUAUGGAGACAGAGAACCUAAGGGAUAGCAUGUGCGUGUGUGUGAGAGAGUAGUGGCGUAGAGGCAUGUACAAUUGAUCUCCCCUGUUCCGUCGUUAGCUUGAUGGCUCCAUGCCCUAUUCUGUCCUUUUUAUUGUCUUCGUCAUCCUCCCCGUCAUCCCCUCCAUCCUUCAGCUCUAUUCAUCCUCCAGCUGUAUUCAAUAUCUGUGUUCCCAUACCUGCCCAUCCUCUGCCCGCAGGGGAUUUUUAUUUAAUACCGUCCCAAGUUUUGGGGGGAGCAACCGAGGCUAUGACGACAGCAGCGCGAUAGACUCGUCACUAACUAACAAGCUGCCGUCUCCUUGUCUCACUUAAUUCUCCUUGACCUACCUAGCGCGGCUGACAGUUGAUGCUAUACGCGGACCAGCAGCUUGUCCCCCCCCC